AUGCAGCGCUUAUUCGGUAUUGAGAUCAAUUACAGCUUCGCUCUCCGUGCAAGAAAUAUCGCGAUUGAGAUGACGUAUGGUGAUUUUGGGAACUCGUAUCAGAUGCUCCCAUCGUAUUUGUAUAUGCUGAGAAUGAGUAAUCCCGGCACAUUAUACGACCUUGAGAUGAAGGAUGAUGGCAAGUUCCAUCAUAUGUUUGUUGCACUUGGACAGAGUGUGGCUACCUUUGAGAAGGGUUACUUGAGGCCGGUCAUCGUCGUAGACGGGACCCAUCUGAAGGGAAGGAACGGCGGCAUUUUGUUCGUCGCUGUUACAAAGGAUGGGAACGAAGCAAUAUUUCCUCUCGCAGUUGGGCUUGGUCCUAUCGAGAACGACGAGUCUUGGACUUGGUUCUUCCACCGACUGCGGACUUGCUUUGGUCAGCCGGAUGAUCUCUUGAUUGUGUCUGAUCAGCACAAGAGCAUCAGAAAUGCUGUGGAGUGUGUAUACCCGAACGUCCCUCACGGGUUGUGCUAUUACCAUCUGCAGAAGAAUCUCGCGCAUUAUGGGCAGCAUGUAGCUGCAGUCUUCAAAGCAGCGGCAUAUUCCUAUCGAUCAGACGAUUUUCAAAGGAAUUUUUCUGCGCUUCAACUACUGAAAGUCAACGCGCACACACGUCUCGGCACUAUUGGUGUGGAGAAAUGGGCCAGGUCCAAGUGCCCUGUACGACGCACGAGCUUCAUGACGUCGAAUGCUGCCGAGAUGAUGAACAGUAGACUGUUGUGGGCACGACGCCUCCCGGUUGCUUCAUUGAUCGAGACCUAUCGAGCCAUUAUGGAGAAAUGGUUCGAUAGGCGAUGCAUCUCGGCUGCAUCGAGGUCACAUGAGUUGACUGAGGUAGUAGAGGAAAAGUUGCAUGUGGCUGUCGAAGCGGGUCGGCAAUUGGCUGUUCGAGGGACGACGACGCACAUGUUUAGUGUUGAGGAUGAUCAUGCAUUCUACAUUGUCGAUCUCGAGAAUCGGACUUGUAGUUGUGCUUAG